UAAAGACAUAACCUACGAAGGUUCAAAUCCAAAUCGCGACGCGACUCGCGAAUUAAAAAGGCAACGAGCUGAAGAGCUUAUUCGCGAUAAUAGAAACAAACAAGAUGCUUAUGUUAAUAAAAAUAGAAAACCUCCUAAAAUGUAUCAAGUAAAUGACUUGGUUUACGUGAUCAAGAAUUCUCAAAGCACCGGGAAACUUGAUAUUGGUAUGAGAGGCCCUUAUAAAGUAACGAAGGCGCUCCCUAAUGAUAGAUACGAAGUCCAAUUGUUGGCUGGUGCCUAUGGCAAAACUACUCGGGUAGCUGCAACAUAUAUGGUUUUAUGGAAGGGUGAAUGGACACCUGAAACUUGUGCUGCAUUUUUUGAAGAAACCAAUGAUGACAAUGCUGAGCAGUUAUCGGAUGUUGUGGGUGUUACCGGUCCAUCCACAAGUUCAUCUGAGGGCUUCAGGGACGCAGCCCCGUCAGGAGAGGCCGUGUUGGAGGAAGACUAAUAUUUUAAUUCAGCAACACCACACCUGCCUAUAUAAGACGAGAU